AUGGCCAGAUUUAUCACCAGAACUGCAUCCAGGCUGAUAUCCUCAACAAUCGACCAUCAGAACAACACCCCCAAUCAGAUCAGAAGCGCAUUCUUGAACACCCAACAUCGACAGCUCAUUAGGCUCAACUCUUCUAGCUCGGCAGCAACAACCCAAACCAAGCCAUCCAUCGACCAAACUAACCAUGUCGUAGGACGGUCGGGAAAAGUAUACUCACACAGGACGGUCAAGAUAGUCGGAGCGAUCGGAAGACUGCUAGGCUAUACUCUUCAAAAGAGUACUGCGGUCACACUGACCAGCGAUUAUUAUGACCGAUGUGCGGCCAGGUUCAAGAUCGAAAAACAAUUUUGGGUCGACGAAUGCGGAUUACCCGAUUCAUUCCAGACGUGGUUUCAAGUCACCCAGCUACACAUGUGGCUAAUCACCGUCCGAUUCAGAUCGAUGAAAGCUCCACUCGGGAAAUACUACCUGCAAGAAUUCAUCAACCACAGCUUCUUGGACACUGAGGAUCGGAUACGCGGACCACAGAAUAAGAUCACCAAGGGGACGUUGAUCAAGAACUAUAUGAAGAUCCUCUUGCAUCAACAUCGCGGUUUCCAAACCGUCCUAGACUGGGCGAUCUCUCAUGACCCCGAACUCAACCAGAGCGACCAGUUCCUCGCCGGGGUGAUCUGGAGGAACUUGUUCGGCGCCGCAUGGGGUAAAGGGAUGGGUGGAGUCAAGGGGAUCUUCGAUUCCAAGGAGGAACCUUCAGUCAACUCAACAACCUCCCCUCUCCAGCUCUCAUCUUCGCCUCCCUCAACAACAACAACAUCAUCAUCAUCAACAGCAACAUCAACCGAGGACGAUGAUCCUGAACAACUACACUCUUUAGAAAAUGAUGUCAAGUUCCCGGAAACUUUAGAGCGAUUGGUGAUCUUCAUUCGUAAGGAACUCGUCAGACUCGAUCAAGUGACUGAUAAAACUAUCAUCACUGGGCAAACCUCUACCGAUCAGGCUGGCUUGACUCAGUUCAACAAAAUCUGA